AUGUUUGGCUUAUUUCGUAUGUUGACAAGACGAAAGCAAGUUUCAUCUGAAAUAAGUGCGACAAACUUGAGCCGCUGUUUAACGACCUGGGACCUAGUCUCGUUGAGUAUCGGAGCAACGUUGGGGGCUGGGAUCUACGUUGUGACUGGCCAGGUUGCAGGAAGCAUUGCAGGCCCAGCGGUCAUUCUUUCCUUCACAAUUGCUGCCAUCGCUUCCGUCUUGUCCGGGUUGUGUUAUGCCGAAUUCGGCGCUCGUGUUCCGCACACAACCGGGUCAGCGUACACUUACAGUUACGUCACGGUCGGCGAAUUUGCGGCGUUCGUGAUUGGUUGGAAUUUAAUAUUGGAAUACAUGAUCGGCACGGCCGCAGACGCACGGGCACUCAGCGGUUGUUUUGAUUACGUCAUCGGUCACGCGAUUCGUAACCUCACCUUAGCACACAUCGGAACAUUUCAUAUCCCUACCCUCGGGGAUACGUAUCUGGACUUUUUAUCCUGCAUACUAACUCUCGUAGUGACCGGCGUUCUGGCCACGGGGGUUAAACAGUCCUCGGUGUUCAGUACUGUAUGUAAUGUAGUUAACCUUGCCGUUAUUGGGUUCAUUAUAAUUGCUGGCGCCUUUUAUGUAAAGCGUGAAAACUGGAGUCAGAAAUCUGGAUUUUUUCCGUUCGGUGUUUCCGGAGUUUUGGGUGGUGCUGCCACGUGUUUUUACGCUUUUGUAGGGUUCGAUGUGAUAGCUACCACAGGACAAGAGACUAAGAAUCCACAACGUUCCAUACCAUUGGCCAUAAUGAUAAGCCUUUUCAUAGUAUUUAUGUGUUAUUUCAGUGUAUCCUCCAUUAUUACCCUAAUGUUGCCGUAUUAUAAGUUAGACAAGCUCUCCCCGAUACCCAAUGCUUUUGCACAACGUGGCUUCCAUAUUGCAACAUAUAUUGUCGGCAUUGGAGCUGUGUGUGGUCUGUCCUCAAGCCUCAUGGGCUCCCUGUUCCCACUGCCGAGGAUAAUUUAUGCAAUGGCAAAUGAUGGGCUACUGUUUGAGCCCUUCCGAAAGAUAAGCUUUCGAUGUGAUAUUCCUCUUGUGGCAACGAUCUACCCAGGAAUUUUGACUGCGAUUUUAGCUCUCGUUUUUAACUUGGACGAGUUGGUCGAAAUGAUGUCGAUAGGGACGCUUCUCGCUUAUACCCUUGUGUCCUUAUGUGUUCUAAUCCUUCGCUAUCAACCGGACAGUCACUUGAGCACUGGCGAUAUUUCCUCAGACAGUAGUUUCGACUUUGGUGAACUUGCUCUCACCGAUAACCGAGACUUUGAAAAAAAUUUCAAAGCGUCUGAAAAUUCGGGAAAAGAAAACGUUGACGAAACUUUUGAAACUGAGGACACACCUGUGGAUAACCUGGAUCAAAGUGGAAUAGAUAGUGGCAAUUUGGGUAAGAAGAGGGCGUAUAUGGAUAUGGAAAUGAGGACAUCUAUGGAUGAAAUAUGUAAAAAUGAAGAAUUUGUGGAUAAAGCGAGUAUGUACCAGAGAGGUGAAAAAAGGAAAAACAUGAAUGCGAAAAAUUUAAGAAAACCCGAAUUAGACGAAGACAAUAGUGGUAAACAGGGUGAAGAAAGGUUAUAUGUUAGCAAUCUGGUACACAAGGAAAAGACAGUUUGGGAUAAUAAUGAGACAGUUCAAUUAUCAUUUCCCACAAAGAAAACCGGUCGUAUAGUAUGUUGGGCUUCAUUACUUCUGUGUAUUUCAUCUUUCAUGUUCUUCGCCCUAAUGAUCCAUGCUUUGGACCUUAUAUUACACAGAGAUUAUUUGGUCAUCUCCCUAACACUAAUCAUGGGAUUUCUAUCCAUCAUUUGUAUCGGUGUUAUCACAGCAAUGCCACAGAACUCGAGCAGAUUAUCCUUCAAUGUUCCGUGUGUCCCAGGGAUUCCUAUCAUGGCAAUUUUCUUCAACAUAUUUCUGAUGAUCAAGCUAUCACGAGUCACGUGGCUGCGAUUUGUCAUAUGGAUGGUGAUAGGUAAGGAUGGUAGUUUUAAACAAUUGCUGAUUUUCUUUUUAAUUUAUUUCUAUUGGUGGUUUUCAUGCAGUAAGCGUCACCGGGCUGCAGAUGGUGGUCAAUUUCAGAUUUAUGCAUGCAACGACAUUUCACACAAUUUAUUUUUGAUUGCAUUGUCCAGAAAAUUCAAAUUGACCAAAUAGGAUACUUUUCCGAACUAUAUCUUAGUUUGCUAAACGAACUAUCUUUAACAAUUUUUGAUAUGCAGAUUAUCUUCACUAUGACGUCUCAUUGCACAAUGAUUUUCUGAAAAAAACUUCAAGAUCUUGGGACAUCGUGCAUCGAAAUCAUAAGACUGUUGUUUUUGUUCAACACACUACAAAUAUUUAUUUUUUUAAAAUUUGAAUCAGUCAUCUAUAUAAAAGUUUUCAAAAGUUAUUAUGCAAUGUUACGUCACUGUGAGGAUAAUUAACAUAAAAAAACAUUGAGUUUGAAAGUGUGAAAUUUCGUAUCGUAAUGCAAUGCAAUGCGAAAAUAUGUAAUUAAGUGCCUAAAGAGUAAUACGUGGCAAACACAUAAACACGUUCAUUUAAAAUUUGACUUGUGACAUUGACAGUCAUUCAAAUGAGUGAGUAAAUUGUUUUGGAUACAUGUGAUUAUGAAUUGGCGUGACUUUUUUAUGUAUAUUAUUGAUAAGAACAUGGUUUCACGUGCAACUGACUUGGCCUCGUAGCUCAGUUGGCAGAGCAUUGGAGUAGUAUCCCAAAGGUUUCGUGUUCGAUUCCCACCGCGGUCAGGCUAACUUUUCUGUUUUCAGCCUGCCCGGUGUGGAUAUACACUCAGAGUAACAUCAAAAACAUCAUAACAUACUGGUUCUUGCAUUUUUUAUCGUCUUUGAAAAACUCACUCGUGCAUGUUUUGUUUUCCAAAUUGCACUUAAAACCAUACUAUUACGUAACUACCUGCAUGGCACUAAUUUCAUGUUUUCUUAUAUAUUCCUUUAAUUUUCCACCGAUUAAGAACUACUGACCUAAUUUCAGUUUCACCCAAUUUCAUAUUUCGUUAUUUUCUCUUCAAUAUAUAGGUCUUGCCAUUUAUUUCUUUUAUGGACUGCGACACAGUCUUGUUGGGCUGCGGCUAAAGAUGAAAUCCCACGUCAAAUUAAAACAGCGACCUUGCGUCCUUGCUAAAAGUCUUUGUCAAUUUGAAUACGAUAUGGACGUGAUUCCGGCACAUCGUGACCUCGCCGAGGGCAAGACGUCGCCAAUAAGUCCUAUUUUCUGGUCCAGUUUGCAGAAAUACCAUUUCUUUGCUACUGAUCAUGAUGAAAGAGACGAUAUACAUGGGUUUUACUGA